AUGGCCCGCAUAGACGGCGUAAUCAUUCUUGACUCUGUCGGUAAACCUCUGAUUACGAGCCACUUUGCCCACCACCCGGCGGCGUACCCGGCCAUCUUCACCGACGCGUUCAACCACGAGUUCUCGAGGGCAAGGAAGGAUGGGCGGGACCUCGAACCGGUGCUCUGGGCCCAUAGCGCUGGGGGAGGAGUGGCAUUAUGCCAUCUGGAACGAGAUGGGUUGCGAUACCUCGUUCCUAUCAGUGCUGAAGUGAAUCCGCUCUUCGGGUUCGCCUGGCUCGAGAGCUUCCUCGACACACUCAAGGAGUACCUCGUGGACGUUACCGAGGUGACGGUCAAAGACAACUUUGACGUCGUGUACAUGCUCAUCGAGGAGAUGCUUGACGAAGGACAUCCUAUGACGAUGGAGACUGCGAUGCUGAAGGACAUUGUGCUGCCACCAAGCCUCAUGCGCAAGCUGCUCAAUGUUGCGGGCGUGUCAGGACUUCAAGCACAGACAGGCUCUGCACCAUUCACCGCACCAAUACCGUGGCGACGCCUUGGCGUGCGGCAUGCGCAGAACGAAAUUUUCUUCGACGUCGGGGAGACGCUCGACGCUGUUGUGGACCGCAAGGGCCAUGUGCUCUCGGCGCAGGUGUGGGGCCGCAUCGGGUGUAACUCGCGGCUCUCGGGGAAUCCGGACCUCUUGUUGAAUAUCAGCAACACCAAGGCAAUGGCCGAGUGUUCGUUCCACCCGUGUGUCCGAUACUCGCGCUGGGAACGCGACCACGUGCUGAGUUUCAUUCCACCCGACGGCAAGUUCAAGCUGCUCGAGUACGAGGCGACGUCCGUGCCCAAGCUGCCUUUUGUCCUCAAGGCCGGGUUGCAGGUGGACGAGACAGGGGGACGAUUCUCACUCACCCUUUCCAGCCGUGUGCCGCGAUUGGAUGAUGUGGUGAUCUCGAUCUUCCUCGGUUCAACGACGACGGGCAUAAGUGCAACGCCUGCUGGGGACCGACGACCACCGGGACAAGAGGGGGACGGGCACGUGGGCGGCGGUACGGCCGAGUUUGACCCGCACACGCAGGUGAUGAAGUGGACCAUUUCGAGCCUUUUGCAGCACGAGCGGAGCCCGAGCCUCACGGGAUCGUUUGUGUCCACAUCCUGCGCAACUCCUGACCCUGCGUUCGCUGUUGCGUUCAACAUCACCAACUACACGUACUCGGGCCUGCGUGUUGACCAGCUCAAAGUCUCGGGAGACGUGGGGUACAAGCCUUUCAAAGGGGUGCGCACGAGCGCGCGGGGAGGCAGGGUCGACGUUAGGUGGUGA